UGAAUAUUCAAUCAACUUUGAAAAUUUUGACAAGUCCGAUUUCAUAUUAUUGGCUUCACUUUCCCUUCACAACCUGGAAAUUACCCCCUAUUCCCGUAUCACCAACGCCGAACUUCGGUGUUCCAUCUUCAUCUGUUUAAUUAUCCCAUUCAUUCAUUCAUUCCAAUUUCCAGCUUUCCAUCUAAAUAAUUCACAAAUUAUCAAACAUAAUUUUGAAUUUUCAUCGUCAAAUUACUUUGACGAACAAAUAAGACGAUUAAACCUUUUCGACGAGAUCGGAAACUUGGAUCUUCCAAAUUUUAAGGAGAUGGAAGUAGCAAUCACAAGUAUGCUGCAAACUUCAGUGGAUUGGGUUACAAAGGUUUUUGAAGCUCCUUUUGCUAGAGCUGUUGUUUUUGGAGUGCAAAUUGGAGGUCAUCUGUUUGUUGAAGUUCUUCUGUUUGUUGUCAUCCUGUAUUUGCUCUCUCAGAAAAGUUAUGCUCCUCCGAAGAGACCUUUGACGAAGAAGGAAAUAGAUGAACUGUGUGAUGAAUGGACUCCUGAACCCCUAAUUCCAGCUAUUACCGAAGAAAUGCAGCACGAACCUCCAAAACUGGAGAGUGCUGCUGGCCCACAUACAAUAAUCAAUGGCAAGGAAGUUGUGAAUUUUGCAUCAGCUAAUUAUCUGGGAUUGAUUGGACAUAAAAAAUUACUUGACUCUUGUACGUCCGCAUUAGAGAAAUAUGGUGUUGGUUCUUGUGGUCCUCGUGGUUUCUAUGGAACUAUUGAUGUGCACCUGGACUGUGAGUCGAGAAUUGCAAAGUUUUUGGGAACUCCAGAUUCAAUACUUUACUCGUAUGGACUUUCAACCAUGUUUAGCACAAUUCCAGCUUUUUGUAAAAAGGGCGAUAUUGUUGUUGUGGACGAAGGUGUUCAUUGGGGUAUUCAAAAUGGACUUUAUUUGUCUAGGAGCAAAAUUGUGUAUUUCAAGCAUAACGAUAUGGAAUCGUUAAAAAGCACUUUGGAAAAGAUAACUAUUGAAAACAAACGACCUAAGCAAAUUCGGCGUUACAUAGUUAUCGAAGGAGUUUAUCAGAAUUCUGGUCAAAUUGCUCCACUAGAUGAGAUUAUUAAACUGAAGGAAAAAUACCGGUUCCGCCUUUUGAUGGACGAGAGCAACUCAUUUGGUGUGCUAGGUUGUUCUGGAAGAGGUCUCACGGAAUACUGUGGAGUUCCUGUUGAGAAGAUCGAUAUUAUAACAGCUGCAAUGGGUCAUGCAUUAGCUGCAGAAGGAGGAUUCUGUACUGGAAAUGCAAGAGUCAUUGACCACCAGCGGUUAAGUAGCUCUGGUUAUGUCUUUUCUGCUUCUUUGCCUCCAUACCUAGCUUGUGCGGCAAUCUCUGCUAUUGGUGUUCUUGAAGAAAAUCCUAAUCUGGUUAAGAAGCUGAAGGAGAAUGUAGCACAAUUAUGGGCUGGUUUGUCAGAUCUGGAAGGAUUUGAAAUUACGAGCAAUCCUCAUUCUCCCAUAGUUUUCUUGAAAUUAGUAAAUUCCAUGGGCUCUUCAAAGAAUGAAAUGCGAUUGCUUGAAGACAUUGUUUACCAGCUUUUGGAGGAGCAUAACGUCUUCGUCGUGGGGUCCAAGCGAUCGACGCUUGAUAAAUGUCCUGUACCUCUUGGAAUAAGAUUGUUCGUAUCUGCUGGGCAUUCUGAAUCUGAUGUGAAGAAAGUUUGUCAGUCAUUGAAAAUUGUUGCGUCAUCAGUGCUAAAGAGCCACAGCUGAAAACUUGGCGUCCGAAAAUGAUUUGGAUUUGAUGACUGCUUGUAAAAUCAUAUAGCAAAGCCAGCAAUGAGAGACUGAGAUAAGCCGUAAGCGGCUGACUUAUACGAAACUCUAUUUUCGAGACUCGUGGAAGUGUCUGGGCUCCAAUGCAAUACCUUUUGAGGUUACUGAAGGAGAUGUACGUACUUGCAUUUUAACAAGAUGUACCCCAGAAGUGAAGCGGAGUGAAGGUUAAUUUCUAAUUUGGUAAGUGAAGGUUAAUUUCUAAUUUUUGGAAGUUUUGGAGGUAUUGCAUUUUGUAAAUCGGAAAUGUUGUGCUAUAGCACCUCUCAUUUGAAGGAAGUUGUUUUGUGUACAAUGUUCUGGCCCUUCAUCUAGUCUUUACUCUUUAGUCUCUUGAACCAAGAGAAGUCCAUAUGUAAUAAUCGUAAGCGUGCAAAUUCCAUCUUACUUAGUCUUCUAGUUUUAGAUCAAGUAUUUAUUUUAAUUUUAGAAGUUAUGUGGUUUAAUCCAUAAUUCUUUUCA